AUGGUGACGCAAGAGGAGAAAACGCGCCACAGACCCGUAACAAGAAGAGUCAGGUCAUUUUCCGAGUCUUUCAAAUGCCUUUUCAAGUCACCUCAUUCAAGAGGCUCAAGUCCUAUUAAUGUCACCCGACUUCCUUAUCGGUCGUCGUCUACUUCACCCAAGAGAAGCUCUGAGCCACCAAGACGAUCAACUAUAUCUGCACAAUUAGAUCCAUUGAACUCUCCAGUGCGGCAGCGUAGUUAUACAUUGAAAUGUUGCCCCCCGGGAAUGCCACACGCAUUUAAACACACAGGAAGUGGUGCUAGUAAUAGCCCAACCAGACAUCGUUCUAUAUCCAACAGAGAGCAAGAAAUUAUUAACAGAUUACCAGGAAACAAAAGAUCGGAUUCUAGUGGUUUUCAAGGCAUAGAAAGUCCACGUUCAAGAAGCUCAUCCGUUUCGUCAUGUGACAGUGCAAAUGGAACGACAAGUUCAUCAGACAGUCAAUGGGCCAUGGAUUCUUUGUUGGACGACUCAGAUGAUGACAUUACACCGUAUCGCGGCUCAAAAAAAGAUAUACUUAAGAGCAAAGAGUGGGCGCCGUAUAAUUCCAUAAAUAACUACAAUAAGGAAGCUUUACGCAGGGCAACUUCGUAUCCAAGCCCUCUCCCCCCUAAGCAACUUUAUAACAAAGGGUUAUACACCAGGAGAUCACAUCCAGAUGAAGAAAGUUUAGAGAGCUUACCUCGGUUUGCAGGAGCGGAUGUCAAAUGUAUAAUUGAGCAAGAUGGCUUCAAGGUUUAUGAAGACGGAAGUCAUGAACAUAAUAUAAAAUUAUCGGGUGUAAUUGCAAAACUGGAGAAAGGUAACUCUUUGCCGAUACAUCGACAGGGAUCAUUAUCCAGACCAAAAUUAGGUAUUACUCUGUCUGGUCUAUUUAAACAUCAUAGAGAUGAAUGCGAUAUUGAAAACGCAUUAUCUCUUUUGCCAAACGUAGAAAAAUCUGAAACAAACCAUGAGAAAAGAAUUAGCCAAAGUCCUGCCGACGGCAAUGGCAGCUCGACGAUGCCGGAGGGGGAAGAUUAUCUAAAAAUAGUAAAUCCUGACGCAUCCUUAGGCAGUGAUGAGUUGAUGUUGAUCAAUUCGUUGUCAAGCAAAAUUCAUAAAAGCUUGCAAAUUUAUUUGCAAGAAAAAAACCUAAAACCGGCUGAGUGCAUCAGCGAACAAGCCCCUACCUUCCAAAAAAAGUAUGGCCAUCCUGUUGGACUGGUUGGUGCAGGAGCCUAUGGUGAAGUUAAAUUGUGCGCUAGACUUAGAAAUGAAAAAGACUCUCCCCCAUUUGAGACAUAUCAUGAUAGCAAAUAUAUAUACUAUGCUGUGAAAGAGUUGAAACCCAAAGCAGACAGUGACCUAGAGAAGUUCUGCACAAAAAUUACCUCUGAGUUUAUUAUCGGGCAUUCAUUGAGCCACUACCAUAAAAAUGGCAAAAAACCAGCACCUAAUAUUCUGAACGUAUUUGAUAUCCUGGAAGAUAGUUAUUCGUUCAUUGAAGUCAUGGAAUUUUGCCCUGCCGGUGACCUUUACGGUAUGCUAGUCGGUAAGUCGAAAUUAAAAGGCCAAUUACAUCCGUUAGAAGCCGACUGUUUCAUGAAGCAACUGCUUCACGGUGUUAAGUUUAUGCAUGAUCAUGGUAUCGCUCACUGUGAUUUAAAACCUGAAAAUAUUCUCUUUUAUCCACAUGGUCUAUUGAAAAUAUGUGAUUUCGGUACAAGUUCUGUUUUCCAAACCGCCUGGGAGAGAAGAGUUCACACUCAAAAAGGUGUAAUUGGAUCAGAACCAUACGUAGCUCCGGAAGAGUUUGUCAGUGGAGAAUAUUACGAUCCAAGACUGACUGACUGUUGGAGUUGUGGCGUCGUUUAUAUAACAAUGAUAUUGGGGCAUUAUCUUUGGAAAGUAGCUUCGAGAGAAAAAGAUAUGUCUUAUAAUGAGUUUUACAAGGAAAUGAAGCGUAAAAAACAGUUCAAGGCAUUCGAAGAAUUAAAGCACGUGAACUCAGAAUUGGCCACAACUAGAAAAAUCGCAUUGUAUCGCAUCUUUCAAUGGGAACCUAGAAAAAGGAUUUCUGUUGACAAACUUUUAGAUAUGCAGUGGAUGAAACGUACAAAUUGCUGCUUAAUAUAUGAUUCUACAUAA